GAAAAAAAAAAAAUUGGCAGUUUUAUCAAUGUAAAAUUGAUGAAGUUGUAACGAGUAUAAGCUCCAUUACAGUAAUAUAUCAAUAACAUUCCAUCUUACCAUAUACUACAGUAUACAUAUAUAUGGCUUUUGCAACAGCUGUUUAUUGGUGUAAUGUAUCAACCUAAACACAGUUGUUUAAAAUAACACUUGUUUCGCAUUCACAAGUCAUUGCACAGUUUGCUGGCAUAAUUAUUCAACGCCGGACUUCUCUGCAAUAACCAUCAAAUGGGUGGUCGUUUAACGCAUUUAUUUGCACGUUGGCUUCCAAAAACUGAACCGGAAUUGCGUGUUGGUAUGCUAGGAUUGGAUAAUGCUGGCAAAACAACCAUUCUAUAUCAAUUGAAAUUGGAACGGAACGUUGAGCCGGUGCCUACCGUUGGCUUCAAUGUGGAAAAUGUGCGUUGUGGUAAAAUGUUGUUAAAUAUUUGGGACGUUAGUGGCGAUCGACCACGUACACGUACAUUGUGGCAACAUUAUAAUCAUAAUACGCGUGCAAUUAUCUUUGUGAUUGACGCAACGGAUAUGCGUCGCUUGCCACGAGCUAUGGAUGAGCUACGUUGGUUGUGGUGUCGCCCCGAACUGACCGAAGCUGUCUACCUUUUAUAUGCUAAUAAACAAGAUUUGCCGGGCGCACUGGGAGCUGAACAGUUGGUCACAAUACUGCAGUUGCAGACAUUAACACAACAGUGGGCCAUUCAAGAGUGUUGCGCCAUCAAUGGUAUGGGAUUAAGCGACGGCCUACAACAAUUACAGCAAAUGCUUACGCAUAACCGGGGCAAGAGACUUAGUGCAACAUUAUCAAAUAAACUGUUUUAAUUGUGUGCAAAUUUGAGUUUCACAU